AUGCCGUCUCGUCGCAUGCUGCACACCAUGAUUCGCGUCGGCGACCUUGACCGCUCCGUCAAGUUCUACACGGAACGUCUAGGGAUGAAGAUGCUACGCAAGUGGGAUGUCCCACAGGACAAGUACACUCUCGUCUUUCUCGGCUACGGGACUGAGGUAAGUUCGACAGUUCUAGAGCUGACCUACAACUAUGGUGUUACAUCCUACAAGCACGGUGAGGCGUACGGUCAUAUUGCCAUUGGCGUGGAAGACGUGAAAGCGCUAGUGGCAGAGAUGCGCACGCACGACGUGCCGAUUGACUACGAGGACGAGAGCGGCUUCAUGGCGUUUGUGGUGGAUCCGGACGGGUACUACAUUGAGCUACUCAACGAGAAGAUGAUGAUGGAGAAAGCCGAGGCAGAUAUGAAGGAGCAGGGCACCGCAUAA